GGAGACCCUGCGAGGACUGUGCCCGGGAGCGGCGCCGCCAGGAUGGGGAAACGGGGCCUCCCUUGUUCCGGCUCCUCAAGAGCUGGACGAGAAGAAGAGGCUGGAGUUUGGUUGGUUCUCGCGGAGAGUUCUGCUCUUCCGGCCAGGAUCUUGCGGAGGAUCAGAAGAAAAACAACCUCUUAAGGAGGAGGAGGAUUUUCGUCCAGGAUCUGCUGCGGUCCGAAGUCGCCGGCGGAGCGUCUGUUCCAGAUCCUAAUUCCCACCAUAACCUUCUCGCUAGCCACUAUGGACCUUAAUGACCCAGUGACACUGGAAUCCAUCUCAAAGAGCAUAACAUGGCCUUCUACACCAUGGCCACUGAAGAAGUUGUAUAGGAGUGAACCAAUGGCCCUGGGGAUCACUCAGAUCAGCAUCGGCAUCCUGGAAAUAGCUUUUGGGCUUGUGAUAUUCCUGGCAGAACAGACGAAUGUACACCAUCACGGUGAAUCACAUAUUCUAACUCCGUAUUGGACUGGAAUCCUGUACAUUAUUUCUGGAUCUCUGUCUGUGGCGGUUGCCAAGAAACCUGAGACACGAGUGGUGAUAGGCAUGCUGAGCAUGAAUGUUGUGAGUGCCGUGGUAGCUGGCGUUGCGAUUGUGAUUCUCUCCAUUUCAGUAGCUCACAGAAUAUACUACCUUCGGUGUGACGAAUAUUAUAACUCGGACAUACCGCCUGAAAUAUGCCAAGAGUAUGUCAUCCCUUAUGUUGAAAUGCGCAACACAUCUGCAGUUCUCCUGGUAUUCACCAUCCUGGAGUUCCUCAUCACCAUCAUCACUGCUGCCUUUGGGUGUGCCAGUUUGUGUCGGAAUACCUACAGUGAAAGACUGUACUGAUUUUUCAGAACAUAGCCUGGGGGACUUCUCCUGCUGUCCUGGCACCAGUCAAGGGGGAUGAGGCUCUGUGAACAUCCACUGCCUCCUUCAUCCAGAAUCACAACUACUUUGUACUUGUCUUUGAAAAAGAGCUGAUCCCACAGCAUGACUUUCCUGGCAGAGAAUUCACUGAUCAACUUUUUUAUUAUUAUUAUUAUUACUGUAUAUUGUAAAUAAACCAACAAACUGGCUGGAUUUGUUUUUUGAAAUUUCAAAAA